AGAGAGCAGCAAUUUUGGAAAGCAGUGUAGGAGACACGGCUGCUUUAAUUGGACUCAUCCUUUUCCCCUUCAUCAUUAUUCCUACCCCCCAACGUUCCUAUUUUUCAAAAACAUCUUUGGAGCCAAUUCUUUCAAAUUUCUCUCUCUCUCUCUCUCUCUAUCUUUGUCUCUCGUGUUUGAGUCUCUAGUUUCUACUUUGUAUUUGAGGCAGGCACUCUCACCAUGAAAACCCUCUAGAAAACAUUCUUCCUCAACAAGGCAGUCUUAGAAGAGACAGACCAGACCUCCAAUGGGGUGCUUUCUUGGAUGUUUUGGAUAUUCUGCCAAACACAAACGCAGAAAACCCGCACAUAAAUUUCUACAGGGAGAACAGGGGCUUGGAUGUUAUGAACCUCUGGAAUCUUCCAUCUCUGUAAAACUCGACGUGACAGAGAAACCCAUCACCUCAGAUUCUGAGUUCAGAGAUAAACCUAAGGAGCGAUCAAGCUUAAGAAUUCGAAAGAAGGUUAGCUUUAAUUUGAAUGUCACAACCUACGAGCCUAUACCAACAGACGACAACAGUACAGAUAAAUUUUUGGGGAGUGAUGAGGAGAAAAGCUGGGCAAGGGGCAAAGAAGAAACAGAAAAAGAAAGACCAUCCCCUGAAGGGGAGUCAGUUGCCUCAGGAACGAGAUCUUACCCCUUGAAUUAUAGAUAUCACAAUUGUGAAGACAGCUUUGAUGAGAAUGAGGACUUGGAAUAUGAAGAAAAUGAUCUGGAUGAUGAAGAUGAGAAUGAUGGCGAUAAGGAUGAGGAUGAUGAUGAUGAUGAUGAUGAUGAUGAUGAAAGUGAUGGUGGGGGCAAUGUGGAUGAUCUAAAAACAAGGCAAGAAUUCACUAAAUUCUGCUCUGCUCCUACGGAAUCUCAGAAGGGAGUCACUUUGACUCAAAUGGCUGACGAGAAGACAAACAAUCUUAUGUCCCUUCAUGCUUCUCAAGAUCAACAACUGAAAGCGGUAGGGUUGAAUAAAAAUGCUCGAGAUAGGAGCCAAUAUGUAUAUUCUGUACUGAACCCAGUUGAAAAUCUCACUCAAUGGAAAGAAAUCAAGGCAAAAUCAAAACCACCAUUAAAGAAUCAGAGAAAAGAGAAUAUUGCCAUAGUGCAAUCACCACAGGCACCUUUCAAUUUUAAAGCUAACAAGCCUCUGUUGCUUGAAAGCCCGGUUGAUGCCAGCCUCUCAAAUUGGUUGGGUUCAUCAGAAAUCAUGCCAUUAAAAGAAAAGUGUGGGAAGACUGAUUUCAAAGGUUUCUGAAUCACAGACCACAGAAGACCUCCCAUGACUUCUGGAAUCAUAAGCAGACAGAUUGUGAAUUCAGACUGCCACAAAAGAGUACCGAACAAAAGAAAGCAACUGAUGUUGAUAUAGAGUUGAAAGAGGACCUUUGAACAGAAGAAUUGCAGAAGGUAGCUUAGUGAAGGUAGCAGUGUGAAAUAAUCUGGGAGUGGUUUUGUGUUCUAUUUCCCUGUCUCUGGUGUUUUGUAUUUGCAUCUUAUUGUAUCUUGAGUGAUGGUGUUGUUGGCUAAUCUUGUACUGUCAAAGAGACUUGGCUAUCUUUUGUUAUUCCUUGGAUUGCUUCUUGACCAAUAAUACAGUAUACUAUGUGAGAUAAAUUCUCAAUAGAUGAAGA